AAAAUAUAUAUUUAUAUACUGUAUAUGAGGCCCCUAGAACCAUAAGAAAUGAAAAAAUUCAUUGUUAAUAACUCAUUUUCGAAUUGUCCCCUUAACUAUCAAAUUGUCCCCCUGUGGGGCGUGUGCCCCACGCUGGGAACCACUGGGCUAUCUGAAGGGUGGGGAUCACACAGCCCUGCCCCAGGAGCCCAUGCGUUCCCCAGGGCACGCCUGUUCGUGCACACUGGCCACGCGUGCCUGCAUGUGGAGGCAUGCCCUGCUGUGGUGGUGGGUGGCUCCUCCAUCACGACGGGCCCGGGGUGUGUCCUGCAUGGAAGCGGGUGGGGCUCUGGGGACCAGGAAGCUCCAGGGCUAGGCCGUGACUGGGUGCCACACAAGACGCGCAGGUUGGGGUGGAUGCGGCUGCUCUGGCCCCUUUCGUCCUUCUUCCUUGACCGAAGUGACCGGAAGCCGCGCAGCGGUCUGGUCUGCUGCGCCAGGUGCGGAGGAAGGAGCCGAGGAGCGCUUGACGGGGCCUCUGCCGGGAGGAGAACAGGAUAGAAGGUGGUGUGCCAACCCCUGGCUCGGACCGUCUCUUCUACCAUGAGGUGGAGUCGCCAUCUGCCCUGGACCUUUUGGGGGCCUGGCCUGGCAAGAGCACCCCAGCCAGCAGAUGAAAAUAUCCCCUGGAUGAUCCACUGGAAUUGGGCCCUUAAAGGCGGGUGUCCCCUUGGCCCCCCUAGGGCCUUUACCCAUCACUAUGGAAGCUCAGUGGGCAGUGUUCCCCCGUCAGGGAGGCAUGGACCGGUGUUACGGAGCAUCUCUGCUGCUGAGGCCAUCCAGCAGCACCGCCGGAACCUGGCUGAGUGGUUCAGCCGGCUGCCCCGGGAAGAGCGCCAGUUCGGCCCGACCUUCGCACUAGACACGGUGCACGUGGACCCCGUGGUCCGUGAGAGUGCCCCCGAUGAGCUGCUUCGCCCGCCUUCUGAGCUUCGUUCCCCUUCGCAGCCACCCCCGGCCACGCGCCCCCCCCUGGCCCUGUCUCAGCUCUUUGACCCGGAUGCCUGUGGGUGCCAGGUGCAGACGGUGGUCCUGUAUGGCACCGUGGGCACCGGCAAGAGCACACUGGUGCGCAAGAUGGUGCUGGACUGGUGCUAUGGGCGGCUGCCAGCCUUCGAGCUGCUCAUUCCCUUCUCCUGUGAGGACCUGUCAUCCCUGGGCCUGGCCCCGGCCUCCUUGUGCCAGCUGGUGGCCCGGCGCUACACGGCCCUGAAGGAGGUUCUGCCCCUGAUGGCCGCAGCGGGCUCUCGCCUGCUGUUUGUGCUCCAUGGCUUGGAGCGGCUCAACCUGGACUUCCGGCUGGCAGGCACGGGGCUAUGCAGUGACCCCCAGGAGCCAGCGGCGCCGGCUGCCAUUCUCGUCAACCUGCUGCGCAAAUACAUGCUGCCCGAGGCCAGCAUCCUGGUGACCACCCGGCCCUCCGCUGUGGGCCGCAUCCCCAGCAAGUACGUGGGCCGCUACGGCGAGAUCUGCGGCUUCUCGGACACCAACUUGCAGAAACUCUACUUCCAGCUGCGCCUCCACCAGCCGGACUGCGGGCCCGGCGCCGGGGGUGCGGGCGUCCCGGCCACGGCGGCACAGCGGGACAGCCUAGUGGAGAUGCUGUCCCGGAACCUGGAGGGCCACCACCAGAUCACAGCCGCCUGCUUCCUGCCCUCCUACUGCUGGCUGGUGUGCGCCACCCUGCACUUCCUGCACGCGCCCACCCCGGCCGGCCAGACCCUCACCGGCAUCUACACCAGCUUCCUGCGCCUCAACUUCAGCGGGGAGGUGCUGGCCAGCGGAGACCCCGCGCAGCUGUCGCUGAUGGCCUACGCCGCCCGGACCAUGGGCAAGCUGGCCCAGGAGGGGGUGUCCUCCCGCCAGACCCGCUUCUCCGAGGAGGACGUGCGCAGCUGCCUGGAGGCGGGCGUCCGCACGGAGGAGGAGUUCCAGCUGCUGCACAUCUUCCGCGGGGACGCCCUGCGCUUCUUCCUGGCGCCGUGCGUGGAGCCGGGACACCCCGGCACCUUCGUGUUCACUGUGCCGGCCAUGCAGGAGUACCUGGCCGCCCUCUACAUUGUGCUGGGCUUGCGCAAGACCACGCUGCAGCGGGUGGGCAAGGACGUGGCCGAGCUGGCGGGCCGCGUCGGGGAGGACGUCAGCCUGGUCCUGGGCAUCGUGGCCAAGCUGCUGCCGCUGCGGAUCCUGCCAGUGCUCUUCAACCUGCUCAAGGUGGUCCCACGCGUGUUCGGGCGAGUGGUGGGGAAGAACCGCGAGGCAGUGGCCCAGGCCAUGGUGCUGGAGAUGUUCCGAGAGGAGGAUUACAACAACGAUGACGUCCUGGACCAGAUGGGCGCCAGCAUCCUGGGCAUGGAGGGCCCCCGGCGCCACCCCGACGAGGCCCCCGAGGACGAGGUCUUUGAGCUCUUCCCCAUGUUCAUGGGGGGGCUGCUCUCUGCCCAGAACCGGGCCAUGCUGGCCCAGCUUGGCUGCCCCAUCAAGAACCUGGACGCGCUGGAGAACGCCCAGGCCAUCAAGAAGAAGCUGGGCAAGCUGGGCCGGCGGGCGCUGCCGCCCUCGGAGCUCCUGGACCACCUCUUCUUCCACUACGAGUUCCAGAACCAGCGCUUCUCUGCCGAGGUGCUCAGCUCCCUGCGCCGGCUCGACCUGGCGGGCGUGCGCAUGACACCCCUCAAGUGCACGGUGGUGGCAGCUGUCCUGGGCAGCGGCAGGCAUGCCCUGGACGAGGUGAACUUGGCCUCUUGCCAGCUGGACCCCGCUGGGCUGCGCACGCUCAUGCCCGUCCUCUUGCGUGCCCGGAAGCUGGGCUUGCAGCUCAACAGCCUGGGCCCGGAGGCCUGCAGGGACCUCCGAGAGCUGCUGCUGCACGACCAGUGCCAACUUUUUUGCUGGCGGCUGUCCAACAACCCGCUGACGGCUGCAGGGGUGGCCUCGCUGGUGGAGGGCCUGGCGGGAAACACCUCCCUGACACACCUGUCCCUGCUGCACACGGGCCUCGGGGACGAGGGCCUGGAGCUGCUGGCUGCCCAGCUGCAGCACAACCAGCGGCUACAGGAGCUGAACGUGGCCUACAAUGGCGCCGGUGACACUGCGGCCCUGGCUGUGGCCAAGGCGGCCUGGGAGCACCCCUCCCUGCAGCUGCUGCACCUCUACUUCAACGAGCUCAGCUCCGAGGGCCGCCAGUUGCUGCGGGACAUGGGGGACGCGGCGGAGGGCCGAGCCCGGGUGGUGGUGUCGCUGACAGAGGGCACGGCAGUGUCGCGGUACUGGUCGGUGAUCCUCAGUGAAAUCCAGCGGAACCUCCACAACUGGGAUCGAGCCCGGGUCCGGCGCCAUCUCCAACUCUUGCUGCGGGACCUGGAAGAUAACCGAGGCGCCACCCUGAACCCGUGGCGCAAGGCCCAGCUGCUGCACGUGGAGGGCGAGGGCUCUGUGCGCGUCCUGCGGUCCUAG